GGCCAAUUACAUAUAGAGGGUUGCGUGUAGCAUAGCAAUUCAACGAUUUUAAUUGCCAAAUAUUUUGGUCAGAGCCGUUGCAAACACACCCUCCCCAAACCCAAUUCAUUUUUUUUUUCUUUUAGUAGCAAUUUUAAUGUAUUCCUUAUCACACUGUGUAUCUUGCGCAACCCCAUCAUAUAAUAGUAGCCCCCCCACACCCAAAACGAGUUGCAGCUACAAAUUGCAUGAACCAACAAUUCCAAGCCAAAAGAAGAAGAUGAUAGGAAAAUAUAGAAAGACCCUUAUGGUAUUCCCGAUCCUCCUACACUUCCUCUUGUUCCCACAACCCCUUCUUUCUCAAGACAACAAUAACUUUGUUCGUCAGCCAGCUGGUCAACUCAUUAUCACUCCCCACCAACGAUCCAAUUCGGAACCCCAACAGGUGCACAUUUCAUUGGUGGGGAAAGAGAAGAUGAGGGUGUCGUGGAUAACCGAAGAGAAGCAGGCGGAAUCCGUGGUGGAGUAUGGAACAAAGUCAGGGGAAUAUAGCGCCAAAGCAACGGGGGAGCAUACCUCGUACCAAUAUUUUUUCUAUACCUCGGGCCAGAUCCACAACGUUGUUAUUGGGCCUUUGCAGCCAUCUACUACUUACUACUACCGUUGCAGUGCCUCUGGUCCUGAGUUUUCCUUCAAGACACCCCCACCCAACUUGCCCAUUCAGUUUGUCAUCGUUGGUGACUUGGGACAAACAGAAUGGACUGCAUCAACCUUAAAACAUGUUGACAGCAGCGACUACGACGUGUUCCUGUUACCUGGAGACCUAUCCUAUGCAGACUCCCAGCAACCCUUAUGGGACUCCUUUGGUCGUUUAGUGGAACCAUAUGCUAGUAAAAGGCCAUGGAUGGUUACUGAAGGGAACCACGAGAUCGAGAUUUUCCCCAUCAUCUACCCCAAAGGCUUCGAGGCCUACAACGCUCGCUGGCCCAUGCCCUUCCAACAAAGUGCUUCCACCUCCAACCUCUAUUACUCCUUCGAGGUUGCCGCCACCCACGUCAUCAUGCUAGGUUCCUACACUGAUUUUGACCACCAAUCAGACCAAUACACGUGGCUUCAAUCUGACCUCGCCAACAUUGAUAGGGCCAAGACACCUUGGGUGAUUGUGCUGCUUCAUGCACCUUGGUAUAAUACUAACGAGGCACACCAAGGUGAAGGCGAAUCCAUGAGACAAGCCAUGGAGGAGUUGCUUUAUAAUGCUCGCGUUGACUUGGUUUUUGCUGGCCAUGUUCAUGCUUAUGAACGCUUCACUCGAAUUUACGACAAUAAGGCUGAUUCAUGUGGACCGAUGUAUGUGACUAUUGGGGAUGGAGGAAACCGCGAGGGACUUGCCUUAACGUUUAAGAACCCUCCUAGCCCGCUAUCGUUGUAUCGAGAGUCAAGCUUUGGACAUGGAAGGUUACGGAUACUAAAUGAAACACAUGCGCAUUGGUCAUGGCACCGAAACAAUGAUUCUGACGCGGUUGUGGCUGAUGGUGUUUGGAUAGAGAGUUUAAGCAGCUCGAAAGCAUGCUCAAAGAUACCAGAGCAACAAGAUGCUGCUCAUGAAGAGCUAUAAAGUUCUGCUCGUGUUAUACUGAUAUUUGAUAUGAUAUCAGAGCUCAAUGGAGUUAUACUGUGUUUAAAUUCAAUGCACUUCAGUUUGAUUCGAAUCUGUGCCAAAUCAGACUCGGGAUUUUUCAAUAUAUAGAAACCCUCAAUAACCAAUCCACACAAGAAUCAAAUGUUUGUUUCGGCAACAUGGUCAUUUGUCAGAAUAGAAGAAAAAUCCUUCACCAACUUGAUGUGAAUAUAUAUAAACAUGCUUCUAAUUGUCGCUAGAUUAUGGUUCUGAUGAAUAAAUGGGAUUCUUGAUUCUCUUA